UCCUGAAGCAAUUGCAAUAGAGGCAACAGAUAUUGAUUUUAUGUAUUCAUCUAAUAAUACUGUUAUUAAUAAUAAUAUACAAGGUAUUGCUUCGGUGACUACUUCUAAUCAUCGGUCAGUUUUUGAUGAUAUGGUUGAUGAGAUUGAAACUACUAUCUCACAAAUACAAAAUAAAGGUAGCAUAUUAACUACAGGAUCUCAUAACACUACCUCUGUUCAUAAUUUAAAAGAAGCUGUUGCAUCAUCUUUAAGCUUAGCUUCUACUAGUACUGAUUCAACUCGAUCUAAAAAGAUUAAAAAGAGAUUAUCUGAUUUGGCAUUAAAUAGUUUUGGCUUAAAUGUUGUUGAACAAGAAAAUAAUGAUAAAAAGGAAGAUAAGGAUCUUGAUAAUAAAAGUGAAGAC